ACCGUAAUAUAUGGAAGCUUAAGUUUGCGCACAGCCACAAGAAAGUGCAAACUUGCAAAUCAUUCUGUUUCAUGUGACUCACGACUUUAAAAUGCAUCCUUUAUGUUUCACUUUUUUGUGCAAUGAAGUCGACACUAAAUAGAUUGGAUCGUGCAAUUAAAAGUAAAGUUAAUUUUUCAAUUGGGUCAACGAGAAUGCAGCAUCGCUUUGAGCUUUAUUUCGAAAUGAGUUUUCUAGUGCGAUAAGGGACAAAGCUAUCGAUAUGCAGCCGCAACAAUCUGCUUUCACAAGGAAUCUGUCGAGGGCGGUGCCAGACUGCGUAAAACAGGUAAAGGCGUCGAAACUACUGUGCUCUUGCCGCGCUCUUGCAGGGUCACUCAUCCGGGAGGUGAUGUUGCAAUCUCGCAGACUGUUAUAUUCAGACACUCAGUGAGCCAGCUUGCAUUCCAUAGACAUUCUCCCUCUCUCCCUCUCUCCCUCCCUCCUCUCUCCUCCCUCCUCCCAUUUACUGUAACUUUUGCUGAACAGGGCAACUGUUAGUCAAGUUGCAACCUGCAGCCGAUUGCAAACCCGGUUAAAGUUUGCAAUGCGCUCCUCGGCCGUGUUCGGUUACCUUGCAGUCAUACUCCCGUGAACCACCUGCACGCAUUUUGGGAUUGUUUGUUUUUCCCCGUUUUUGCAGCCACGACCGGUACCGUCGCUUGGCGCAUUCGAGCUGCAGAAGGAACACGCGAGGCAUUUCGCCCCGGUACCGGGAAGGAAGAUAUCAGACUCUUGGGAUCGCACCUCCACUCCUUCCUGCAACAAACCACCCAAGAGGAAGGGUUCGCCACCGAGGAAUGAAAGAGGCAGUUCCGCAAGUUGCGCCCACCGCCCUCCUUGUACAUCACGGAGUGCAGCUUUCUUCCACUCCCACUGAGCUCCUGCAAAAUAAAACUUCUGUCCGCUCCUCCCGGUUUACGCGGGCGACCCCUCCAGCUUCCUUGCUUCGGACACCGAGCUGCAUUUGAUGAGUUUAAACGUACACAGGGCGAGCCCCAUCCCGAUCGUCCGCAGCGGCAGAUGGAGACCGAAGCGGCUGGAAGCCGACGAGCCGGCUCCUAAGUGCCCGCGGCUCAGCGACUCUCCGACGGACGCCGCUUACUUCUCUGCACCGGGAUCUCCUAACCCGACCCAAACCAGCCCGUCCGGCGCCCAGACCUGGACUCAGAUCGGGAACUACCUCCUCUUGCAAAACCUGGAGAGGGACAACGUCUUCAGAGCAAUUGGGAGCCACACUGGGAAAGAAUUCGUGUGCAAGGUUUUUGACAUUAAGCAAUACCGGAAUGAGAUCGGGCCCUAUGUGCAGAUCCCAGUCCACGAGAACAUCACUGCGAUCGAGGAGAUAAUCCUCGGCGAGCGGAGGUGCUACGUGUUCCUGGAGAAGGGCUAUGGCGAUAUGCACUCGUACAUGCGGAACCGCAAACGCCUGGGCGAGGAGGAAGCGGUGCGGCUCUUUCACCAGAUAGUCUCGGCAGUAGCUCACUGUCACGAUUCAGGCAUCGUCCUGCGGGACCUCAAACUCAGGAAAUUCGUCUUUGCUGAUGAACAGAGGAGCCGGCUGAGGCUGGAGAGCUUGGAGGAUGCUCAUAUCCUGAAAGGAAAGGAUGACUCCCUCUCUGAUAAGCAUGGAUGUCCGGCUUACGUGAGCCCAGAGAUACUGAACACGAGUGGAUGUUAUUCCGGGAAACCGGCGGACAUCUGGAGUCUGGGCGUCAUGCUUUACACCCUCUUGGUAGGACGCUACCCUUUCCACGAUUCCGACCCCAGUGCCCUCUUCAGUAAAAUCCGGCGCGGACACUUCUGCAUCCCGGACAGCGUCUCACCUAAAGCCAAGUGUCUGAUCCGUAGCCUGCUGAGACGUGACCCUCCGGAGCGUCUGACAGCCGGUGAGAUCCUUCUACAUCCGUGGUUUCAGGCUGCCUCUCAGCAAGCCCACAGUGAACAAGACAGUCCCAGCUCCGACCAGACAGUCCCCGAGCCUGAGUACGACCAGCAGGAAGGCAGUUCCCUCAUCUGUUGACACUGGAGCAAGGAACUUUUUUUUACAGGCUAUUGACAGGAAAAGAGACAGGAAGCAAUGUUGCCCAUCCCAAUCCUUUUUUAAUUAAAUAUUCUUGUGUACACUUAGCACAUGACCUGAAAUGGGCAUUUAACUCUCUCAGUGGACAAUCAUAAUGAUAGAAUAUUUGCAAUUUCAAUUCUUCAGUGAAUCCCAACUUAAAACCAGUUUAGAUUGAAACCAAAUCAGAAAAUCUCAACAGACCAGGCAGCAACUGUGGAGAAACAACCGUUACCCUUUCAAGUUGAUGACUUUUGAUAGAAUCCUGUUGAAAGCCUUGGUGUGUGGUGCAGUUGAUGUUCACCAUAAACUCAUCAAUGCCUAAACUAUUUAUUCAUUUAGAGAUAUAUUUAAAUGACAAGCAGUGCAGCCAUUUUAACUUAUUACCUGUGUAACAUUGAGAAGGCUGUGAAUGUUGUUAAUUCUGUGUAAUUAUCUUUUUUAAAUGCCCUUUCCUCAUUGCAGACAGGCCUUCUGUUUGAGAAGGGGGGCAGACUUAUUCACAGCUGGUUUCUGAGAGCCUUCCCAUGUGUAAGACUAUUGAGUGGGUUUCAUAGCGGUUCAGAGCUGUGCCAUUUUCUAAUCUCCUGAGUCGUUUGGUCCCACUGACCCAGACGUGGCCAGCAAUAGUGCUGAAAUUGGUGCAGCACCCAACCAGCAUGUAGCGUGCGUCUUAAUGUCCCACCCUUGACCAUCUGGAAGCACAUCUCGUGCCAAGCCACUGCGGGCAUUUAGCUUGGCAAUGUAAAGUGGUAACCGUGGCCUGAUUUUCAGCCGUGCACUAUACAGUGACUAAUUUUGGUAUUUUUGUGCACCUUCUAAUAUGUAGAAGUUACUUCACUGUUAUAAAAACAAGGGAUCAGAUGAAGUAGUUUGCGGACAUCGUGCUGAACUGAGAACGCUGUUAGUACGUCAAUUGUUGACUGUAAAUUACGUCUGGUAGGGAUGAGCGGAAGGAAAAUUGAUAAACAGCUUGCAAGAGAGAAAGGAUUACUGGGUAAUAAGUAAUGCAUGGGAGAACUGGCGUAGUCUCUCAGGGCCCAAGGGCCUCCCGUGAUGUAAGGGAUUUUAGAGAACAGCCUGUGGGAUCAUCUGUACUCAACUAUUCCAGAGACCGAGGACUGAAUGGGUUGACCUUCCUGGGAAGUCUCCUGUGAAUUGGAAGGAGAUCGGAGGGCGAGUUUCAUGGCGCUGAGGUCUGACAGGCAUUUAAACAAUUGAAAUAGAUUCACAAAAAUAACAAUUUCUAACCAUAUUUAAUUACAAACAUCUUAAAAUACUAACAAAUAAUUAUGAACAUUAAUACUUUAGUGCAAAACACAUGUGGAAUCUCUAGGGCACGUUUGGGCUUAAUAGUGACUCGAACAGCUAACCUGCUUGUUGUGGGCAUCUUGCCCGUGGCGGGACUUGUGUGGUGGUGUGAGGUGAGCUAAGCAUAGAGCUGCUGGCAGAACCUCCAGCUGUCAGCAUUCUUGUUUCAACCCAGCACUUGUGCUUUCCUUCCUAUACUUGUGUCGUUGUUUGGCUCCCUUCAUUCCACAGCCGACUUGACCAACCAUCAUGUCACAUAUAAGAUUGUUGUAACCCAGUCAAAGAGUGAAUUAUUUUAUUAGGAGAGCAUUCUUCCUAAUCAACUCAGGAUAAUGCAUAAUCCUAUAAUCCCUCCUUUUCAUUGUGCGCCAGAAAAGAUCUUGUUGCUCAAGAUGAUUUUGGAAUAUCCCCGAAUAUCUAAUAUUUACCAACGGGAAUGAAUGACUGCAACUUGUUAAAAUGAGUUAAACCCGUUUAGCCGGUGUACUUGAGUACCUAAUUUCCCAAAGGACUUGGGUUUUUUUUGAACAAGUGAGGCAUAACAUGUAACACACUCCAUGUUUUCAGUUACUUUCUUGUUAAAAGUAGGAUUGUACCAGAAUCCUGUACCGGGAUUGAAAGCCUGCUGGAGGUAGACGAGAAAAUCCUUUUGUAGACCUACAAGGUCUGCUUUCAGACUUUGAGUUGUAUAAUGGUGCCGUUGUUUUAAGAUACAGCCUGAGUUUUAAAAUGUUUGAGUGAAAGAGGUCUGUAUCAUUCAUGAAGUGUAAGCUUUAAAUGUACAGUGAAUGAUGCAAAUAUUUUUGAAAACAGCCAAAAUACGGCAUUGCCAUUGGACACUUUGAUAAUGACCAUUUCAAAAUGUGGCACAGAUGCCGGGGGAUUACGGAGAACUUGUGCAAACUGGUUUCCUGGGGUUUUUUUGCACCCGCACCUUUUCCCAACAGAACUUGAAAGCAAGAUUGUGGAAGGAUGCAUGUGUUAAUACAGUUACAAUGCCACAUAUAUUAGAAACAUUGCAUUAAAAAGCACUGAUGUUAUUCCUGCACUCAUUACUUAAUAACCUCUUGAGACCUGAGACAAACUGUAAACAUAUCUCAGCUUUAGUUUUUUAUCAUUGUGAAACAUCACCAAAGAUGCUUGCGUUGAACUUUAACAUGUUACACGGAUGCACACUCACAUGCGCAGUGAUCCGCAGUUCAAAGAUGACCAUCAUUAGUUUCUGCCUUCACCCUAUCGUUAUGUUUGUAGAGUAAUUAUGAAGAAUGUUUUUUGUUAAAUGUGCAUCCGUUAAAAUGCUCAAUAAUUAGCUCACGGAAUGAGGUUUCCAACUGCAGGGGUGAAAUCAAAGAUAACCGGGAAGAUCAUGCUGGAGUUGGAUGUUGCAUUUUUCAUUAACUGUUAGUGUAUAUUUUGUUUAUACCUCAUGUACAGUGUCCAUGAAAUUUAUGUCUUGUCAUUCCUGUUCUAUAUUGUCAGAAAAUAUUCUGUUGAUGUGUAAAUGUGAAUCCGUGCAAGCAAUACUCGUCAGAUAAUAAUAAUCAUGAGGUUAGUGGUUUAACGGACAUUGGAAUAUUUCUGUUGCACUGAUAUUCUCGUGGUUGCUCAGCUUAUGGUAUCUGUGAUACAGCUUUAAAAAAUAAUACUACUGGCGAAUGCAAAACUGUACUGGCAGCAAUGUCCUGCUAAAGAAUACUAAACACUAGAAAUGUAAAUAUGUAAAUAUGUACAACUGUUGAUGGACAGGAAUAAAGUGAAAAAUAUCUGAAUAAA